AUGACUUCUGGCGCUGCUGCAUUGGGCCAGCGGUUGCUUGAUGAGAUUCACGAGGAGGGCUUGGACGAGCUGCUGCAUGACCUGCGAGCGCAGAAUUUGUCUCCUGCCGAGUCUAAUAAAUCUCGUCUCGGAGUCAAAGAUCUUGACGAGUUGCUGGAUGUCUUUUUGAAUAAGAGGGCAGAGCACCAGGACAUUUCCGUGACCGAACAUGCAUCGCCAACUGCUCCCAGGCCCACUGCCAGUUAUGCUCGAAAGAAGAACCCCCCUGUGAUUGAAAUAUCAAGCCCGAAUUCCGGGGGCGGCAAGUCGCAGCUGAUCUACUACCUGGCUGCGCUAUUUGUUCUUCCGUCAACCUUCAAAGGCAGGAAAACAGGGGGACGCGAUGGGGCUGUCGUCCUGCUCGAUACAGACGGCAAACUGGACAUCAGACGGCUCUACCAAAUUGCUCAAGGCGUGGUCUGGCAUAGUCUCCGUGCAGACCUAAAAGUUGGGGUCGAGGAUGCUACUGCAGAGGAAGCCAUGAGUGAAAAUGAGAUACAAUCUCUGCUGCACGACUCUCUCCAGCACAUCCACGUAUUCAGGCCACAGACAUCCUCCUCCUUACUAGCCACGCUAAAAUCCAUUGACAAGUACCUGCUAGAUGUGACUCGCCACCACUCAGCUGGCCGCCCUCUUCACUCCGUCUUCCUCGACAGCGCUAGUGCGUUCUACUGGCAAGACCGCAUGCGAGAUGAAGUAGCGCGCACCGAGGAAAUCGGACGCAGCGCCACAGACAUUGCCAAUGACCGUGACCAACGCAAAAAGUUCCACAUGAACGUCCUCUACCGCGACCUGGUCGUCGAGCUGCGCCGCCUUCAAUCCAUCUUUGACUGCUCGUUGAUAUUCACAACAUGGGGUCUUUUCCGUGCACCUCCAGAUCGCAACGCGCCAUAUGCACAUCUGUGGACUGGUCCGCCGUCCUUUAGACCGCAUCUUCCUCCUCCAUGGGGCAAGUUUGCGAACUUGCGGCUGAUUGUCCAGCGUGAUGCGGUUCGGCCGUACCCGGUUACGUCGAGUCUAGCAGACAUUGAGCGCGAUGCGCCUAUUCGACAGGCGGUUGUCAGACAGGGCAAGUUCUCAGCAUGGGUAGACACAUGGGGUAAAGAAGACUGGCCAUCGGGGUUGACCAGUGCUUUGAGGAGCAUGCCUGAAAAUGGGGGGUUUCCAUUCUGGAUACGAGAGGAUGGUGUGUUUAUGGACGAUUUGAUGUCCGACGUAUCAUAA